UGGAUGUCUUCCUGAGAUGAGUGCUUGCUCCUCCUGUGAAAGGAUGUGUUUUCUUUGAGGCGUUAGAGUAAUUUGUUUUUAAUGAUUGUAGUUUAUCGUGUUUGCAUUCUUUGUAUGGAAGUUUGUAGUUAGUUUAACAAAAGCCAGUGUUUCAAAGUGCUUUACUAAACCUAUAACUCCCAAUAACAACAUAUCUAUACGUGUAUGAAAAUAACAAGAAGACAUGAGUAAUGACACACUUACAUUUAACAUAAACUUUUAUUCCAGUAAAGAAUACGAUCUCUUGUUCCUCCACUGAGCAGACUAAAUGCUCGCUCUGGUCGGACUUUACAGGCGUUUUCUGGCGUUACUGAUGACACCAUAUAAUCCUCAUUUGGCUGUGAAAGCAGUGUUUUAAGAGUACGAGCUGCUGAAAGGUCUACUACGACCGAGCGUGCACUUCGUCUCCGGACAGCCUGGAGUUCGGCUCUGGCAUGGAGCUCGCUGGAUCGGACGAGGACGAGCACGUCAGGGUCCCUGGAGCCCCUCACCAGCCGGGGCACUGCCUCCAGUGGGCCUGCAAAGCCUGCAAACGCAAGUCCAACUUUGUGGACCGCAGACGAGCCGCCACCAUGCGUGAGCGCAGGCGGCUGAAGAAGGUCAACCACGCUUUUGAAGCUUUGAGGCGCUGCACCUCGGCCAACCCGAGCCAGAGACUCCCGAAGGUGGAGAUCCUCCGCAACGCCAUCCAGUACAUCGAGAGCCUGCAGGAUCUGCUUCGAGAGCAGGUGGAGAACUACUACGGCCUGCCUGGAGAGAGCAGCUCCGAGCCGGGGAGUCCACUGUCCAACUGCUCAGACGGCAUGGUUGACAGCAACAGUCCGGUGUGGCAACAGCUGAAUGCAAACUACAGCAACAAUUAUUCAUAUGCAAAGAAUGACAGUUUAGGCGAUAAAUCAGCCGGAGCCUCCAGCCUGCAGUGCCUCUCCAGCAUCGUGGACCGUCUGUCUUCAGUGGAGUCCAGCUGCGGCCCGGCGGCUAUGAGAGACAUGGCAUCCACCUUCUCCCCCGGCAGCUCUGACUCGCAGCCCCACACGCCGGAGAGCCCCGGCACCAGGCCCGUCUACCACGUCCUGUGAGGGACAACUUGUGGAGCUUUGUGGUGGAUGUAGAGCAGCUGUUAUUGCGUCAAGAGAAGAAGAAAACACGCCGAGGAGGAGCUGCUUUUUAUUUUGUACAUGAGAUUGUAAAUAAUGUAAAUGCCCAUUUAUUCUAAACAUGCUAUUAUAGCCAGUGACACAUAUUUAAUUCUGACAGUUAUUCCAACAUGAAGUUGUAUUUAAGUGCUUUUAAUUUCUUACUUUUCAUCCUGUUGUGAACAUUAAAUCUUUCACCAUUUGUACUAAA